AUGACACCUACCAACAAAGCGGCUUGGCUGGUCGGCAAACAAGUUUUUCCCUUGUCCGUCCAUGACGCACCCUACACACAGCCAGGAACGAAUGAGAUCGUUGUGAAAGCGGCAGCCGUCGCGAUCAACCCUGUGGAAGCGAUGAAACAAGCCAUGGGUGAUAACAUGAUGCCCUGGAUCAAAUAUCCCUUCGUUCUAGGUCACGAUGUAGCAGGCGAGGUAGUCGAAGUUGGGCCCGGCGUCUCACGCUUCCGACCUGGCGACCGCGUGCUUGGUGACGCCGUCGGCCUCGACCAGCGGAGCAACCGCUCCUGCGAGGGUGCGUUCCAGGAAUAUGUCGUAUUGCGCGAGAACCUUGUUUCUCCUAUACCGGACAGCCUAAGUUACGAAUUCGCCUGUGUGCUUCCGCUCACGCUGUCUACGGCUGCAUGUGCGUUGUACUCGAAGGACUAUCUGUCGCUGAACCUGCCCGGACUCAAAUCUUCGGAAACUGGCGAGGUCGUACUGAUAUGGGGUGGAUCAACGAGUGUCGGCUGCAACGCUAUCCAACUUGCUGUUGCUUCUGGGUAUGAAGUCAUCACCACCGCAUCCCCGAAGAAUUUCAACAUGGUGAAAGAUUUGGGAGCUACUCAUGUUUUCGACUAUCAUAAUCUAGCAACGACUCAGAAGAUUAUUGGUCUGCUGGAGAGAAAAACGCUGGCUGGUGCUGUUGCCAUUGGUGACGGAUCAAUGAAAGCAUGUAUUAAGAUUGUAGCAGCCUCAUCUGGAAAAAAGUUUAUCGCCCAGGCUUCUCUUCCCAUGCCUAAUCAGAUCCCACCAACAGGGCUCAACCUGGUAUCUUUCAUUUCUCGGUUUCUGUGGUUCAAGGUUUCGACUUUCAUACAUUGCAAAGUCAAGGGAGUCGACUACAAGUUUAUAUGGGGGGACGAUGUAAUGGAAAACGAGGUUGGUGGUGCAAUCUACAGAGACUUCCUCCCAAGCGCGUUGGCAAAGGGAAGAUACAAGUGCGCACCGGAACCGGUUGUAGUUGGAACUGGAUUGGAGCACGUACAGGCAGCGUUAGACCGUAUCAAGAAGGGUGUCUCCGCUCAGAAGUUAGUUGUGCUAAUCUAG